AGACUGUAUCGGACUUUUGGAAAGAAGCGCAGACAGAGGAGGGAUCCCCUGGAACAUGGACCAGAUCUUUGAUAACGCGCGGCCGGUCUGCAGCCCAGAGCAGCAUCCGCCGGCGCCCUGAGGGGGGGGGAGGACGGCCUCUGCUUUCUUCAACAGGAAGCAGAUCGUUUUGUGGCGUUUCACAGUUCGCUCUGUCCGUCACUAGAACGCAGGAAGAGACGGAAUAUUUAAGGCGUUAAUAAAUCCGAAGGACUCCAACGUUGGAAUCCAGCGGGCGAGCCGUGAUGGUGUCACUCAAAGAGGAGCUCUUCAAAGCUCUACAGGACUUAAAAGAAGAGGAGUUUGAGGAAUUCAAGUGGUGGAUGAAGGAGGAUGUAGUCAUGGAGGGCUUCCCAGGCAUCCCCAUGGAGAAAGUGGAGAAAGCGAAAAGGACGGCCAUGGUGGAUCUGAUGGUCCAGAAGUAUCGCGGACCCGGAGCCAGGAAGAUCACCGCAAAGAUUUUAGAAAAGGUCGGCAGGAAUGAUCUGGUGCAGCGUUUCCAAAAUACCAGCAAUGAUGUUGCCCAAGAACAAAAGGCUGAAAGAAAGAACCCAGAAUUAAAGUGGGUCCAGCAGUUCGCAGUGGAUGUGACUCUGGACCCUGACACGGUCCAUCCUCAUCUCGUCCUGUCUGCUGAUAGGAAACGAGUACAUCACAGCGAUGUGAGGAAGACGCUACCGGACAACCCCAAGCGAUUUACCAAAUGUGUGAACGUCUUAGGGAAGCAGGGUUUCUCUUCCAAAAGAUUUUACUUUGAGGUUCAGGUAAAACGAAAGACUGCCUGGGCUUUGGGAGUGGCCAAAGAGUCGAUCAACAGAAAGGUACGUGUCAAGGCAGACCCAGAGAACGGCUACUGGACCCUAAUGAUGACGGAUGGAGAAGAGUAUAGAGUCAACGGUAAUGAUCCCAUCCAUCUCUCCCUGAGUUGCCCCCUUCAGAAGGUGGGGGUGUUUGUGGAUCAUGAAGAGGGCGUGGUCUCCUUUUAUGACGUAGAGGCCGCAGUUCAUCUCUACUCCUUUACCGGCUGCUCCUUCAGCGAAAAGCUCUACCCCUUCUUUACUCCUUUUACUAACGAUGGUGGUAAAAACUCCGUCCCUCUGAUCAUCUCUCCCGUCAACCAACAUCUGAAAACACAUUUUGCUGCUGAUCAAACAGAAGAUUAUGAAAAGAAGAAGGCCGAGCUGAUGAGCGUGCAGCAGUUUGCGGUGGAGGUGACUCUGGAUCCCGACACGGCUCAUCCCAACCUCAUCCUGUCUGGUGACGGGAAGCAGGUCUACCACGGCGACUUGAGGAAGAUUCUACCGGACACCCCCGAGAGAUUCUUCAGAUGCGUGAAUGUCUUGGGGGAGCCGGGUUUCUCAUCGGGAAAAUUUUACUUUGAGGUUCAGGUUGAACACAAAACCGACUGGACUGUAGGAGUGGCAAGAGAGUCGAUUGAAAGGCAGGGGGGGAUCACACUUGGUCCUGGUUUUGGUUUCUGGACCAUUUGUUUGGAUGAUGAAGAAUACGAGGCGGUUGAUAGCCCCUUAGUCCGUCUCUCCCUGGAUCACCCUGUUCAGAAGGUGGGGGUGUUUGUGGAUUAUGAGGAGGGGGUGGUUUCCUUUUACAAUGUAGAUAGCGCAGAUCAUCUCUACUCCUUCACCGGCUGCUCCUUCACCGAGAAGGUCUACCCCUUCUUCAGUCCCUGUAAGAACGGCGGCGGCAGAAACUCUGCCCCACUGAUUAUCUCGCCUGUCAAAAAGCAAGUGUUUGGUGGCCAGAAAGAAUAUGAAAAGAGGAAGGCUGAGCUUCAGAGGGUGCGGCAGUUUGCGGUGGAGGUAACUCUGGAUCCCGACACAGCUCAUCCCGCUCUCAUCCUGUGGGAUGAUAAAAAGCAAGUAAGCUGCGGGGAUGUUUAUAAGAACCUCCCGGACAACGACAAGCGGUUUAAGAAAUGCGUUAACAUCUUAGGAAAGGAGAGUUUCUCUUCAGGAAGAUUUUACUUCGAAGUUCAGGUUAAGGGGAAGACCGCCUGGACUGUGGGAGUGGCCAAAGAGUCGAUCAACAGAGCAAAAAGCGUCACGCUGAGCACUCGAAAUGGCUACUGGACGCUGUGGUUGAAGAACGCAAAUGAGUACGAGGCUAACGAUAGCCCGACCGUGGGUCUCUCUCUGAGUCGCGGCCUUCAGAAGGUGGGGGUGUUCGUGGACUACGAGGAAGGCCUGGUCUCCUUUUACGACGUACAUGGAGCGAUACAUCUCUACUCCUUCACCGGCUGCUCCUUCACAGAGAACCUCUACCCCUUCUUCAGUCCCUCUACCAAUGACGAAGGUUUGAACUCCGCCCCUCUGACCAUUUCUCCCGUCCGUCCCAGUAGUCAAACAGAAGAUUAUGAAAAGAAGAAGGCAGAGCUGAUGAGCGUGCAGCAGUUUGCGGUGGAGGUGACUCUGGAUCCCGACACGGCCCAUCCCAGCCUCAUCCUGUCUGGUGACGGGAAGCAGGUUUACCACGGCGACGUGAGGAAGAUUCUACCGGACACCCCCGAGAGAUUCUACAAAUGCAUCAAUGUCUUGGGGGAGCCGGGUUUCUCAUCAGGAAAAUCUUACUUUGAGGUUCAGGUUAAACACAAAACCGAAUGGACUGUAGGAGUGGCCAGAGAGUCGAUUGAAAGGAAAGGAAAAAUCACACUUGGUCCUGGUUAUGGUAUCUGGACCAUUUGUUUGGAUGAUGAAGAAUAUGAGGCGGUUGAUAGCCCCUUAGUCCGUCUCUCUCUGGAUCACCCUCUCCAAAAGGUGGGGGUGUUCGUGGAUUACGAGGAGGGUCUGGUUUCCUUUUACAAUGUAGAUAGCGCAGAUCAUCUCUACUCCUUCACCGGCUGCUCCUUCACCGAGAAGCUCUACCCCUUCUUCUGUCCCUCUACCAAUGACGAUGGUCUAAACUCCGCCCCUCUGACCAUUUCUCCCGUCCGUCCCAGUGGUCAAAAAGAUGCAGAAAAGAAGGCCGAGCUGAUGAGCGUUCAGGAGUUUGCGGUGGAGGUGACUCUGGAUCCCGACACGGCUCAUCCCAGCCUCAUCCUGUCAGGGGAUGGAAAGCAGGUUUACCACGGAGAUGUGAGGAAGAUUCUACCGGACAACCCCGCGAGGUUCUAGAAAUGCGUGAACGUCUUGGGUGAACAGACUUUCUCUUCUGGAAAAUUUUACUUCCAGGUUCAGGUUAAAAACAAGACCGCCUGGACCUUGGGAGUUGUCAAAGAGUCGAUUGACAGGAAGGGAAACAUCCAGCUAUGUCCCAAAAAGGGGUUCUGGACGAUUUGGUUGAGGAACGGGAAGUACGUGGCCAACGAUAAAUCUGUAGUGAACCUCUACCUGAAUCAACCUCCUCAGAAGGUGGGAGUGUUUGUGGAUUAUGAGCAGCGUCUGGUCUCAUUUUACGAUGUCGAUGCUGAAGAUCUUCUCUACUCCUUCACCGACUGCUCCUUCUCCGAGAAGAUUGUUCCUUACUUAAGUCCCUGUCCCAACGACGAUGGCACAAACUCCACCCCCUUGAUCAUCUGUCCCGUCAAUAGAAACCCUUAAUCAUUCGAGUUGAUCAGGGUUCUGAUCUUUGUUGGCAAGGAAACUCUUUUCAGAGGUGCGUAAGUUAGUCUGUAAAUGUCAACACCUUCCUGGGUCGAAGGUCUUGGUUUAAAAAAGGGAAAACAAAAUAUCUUUUAAUGUGUGGUAUUUUCCAAAUUGAGUUUACUAUAUAUUGAAUAUGGAAUUUCUUCAUUCAUUUAUAUCUUCUUCAUUUACUGCGUGCAAAUUAUAUUAAAAUGUAAGGCUAUCAGAUAUAAUCAAUGUCAUCUAUUUUUUUACAUUCAAGUGAAACAAAGGACGAAAUUUUGUACAUCACACAAUUUUUCCUGAUGUUUGUUAAUGGAACUAAAGUACUUGGAAUUUGUAUUUUGUUAAUACAAAUAUUGCUGCACAAUAUGGCUGAAUUAUGAACCAAUUUCAAAUAAAGAAUUUAAGACGCU